CCUCUGGGGAGUCCCCACUGCUGAAGAGCACCCGCCUGUGUUGUGCCAUGCGCCGCCGGCGAGGGGGAGGGCGACCGAAUGCAAAGGUCGAGACAACUCCCAGCUCGUUCGAUGCCCUGCAGAUUGUUGGAUGUAAGGAUGACGUGGUUGGGCCGAUCAUCAGAGGAAGCUACACUCUGCAAGAGAAGAACCAUGACCGCCCCGUCUUCCGAAAAGAUGAGAAGGUGGGAAGCAAAGGCACCACGGAUGUGUUGCUCUACUUCUGGGACGACAAGGAGUCCCCGGACUUCAGUGGCUGGUGGUUCGGCCCCCAGAUCGGUGGCGACGAGGUCUGGGCCUUUCAUCCCGACACCACAGCCAAGAGUCCUCCCACCAGCGGCUGGCAAUGCCCCUUCGACGGGCCCAUCGACUCCAGCAUCGAGAUCGUCCCGAAGCUCGUGAAGGGCGCGCAGGCGCCGGGCCGGCAACCGGGCACUGCCCGGAAGGAGGUGGUCACAGUGGUGCGCACAGCGGCGGAACAGGAAGCCUUGAGACAGAAGGAGCUUGAACUGAUGAGACAACAUGAGCAGAUUUCCAUUCGUCUCCAAGAGGAACGGGAGAGGCUGGUGAUCCAAAGACAAGAGGAGCUCGAAAGAAGAAAGAUCAUGGAAGCUGAGAGGAAGGAACGUGAACAUCACGUGCGCCUCCUGCUUCGAAGAGCCUUAGAGAAGUUACGGCUCGCAAAGCCGGCCACCAUCAAAGAACUCACCCUCGAGGUCGACAAGUUGAUGGUGAAGGAAGGUGAUUUGCUCGGGCGAAGCCUGCGAGUUGAGGCGGAAAAGGUGAAGCAUGAGGCGAAGUUGAGAGUCUCCAAGAUCGCCCAAUUCCUUCAGCGUGCAGACAUGAAGAAGAGGGAGGCUGAAGAAUCGAAGCGUCAGCAAGAGGAGGCCUCGAAAAAGCUCAUCGAACAGGUGGAGCAAUACGUGGAAAACGUGGAAGCCAUGGCCGAAAGCUUGGAGGAAAAGAUCAACAGCCUUGAGGACACCACUGAGGCUCCCAGCGACGCAGAGCUCGAGUGCUGGACCGAGGCCGUCGUGCAGGCCGACAAGGUGGUGGAGGAGGCUUUUCAGACCUGCAUGGCCUUUGUGAAGGAAAAUACCGAAGCCAUCGCGGAGGUGGACUACGACGGAAGGCCCGGCAAGGAGCUCCUUCAGCCGUUGAUCGGGCGUGCCUCAACGGCGCAAGGGAAGCGUUUGGGCGCUAGUGGCAUGGCCUCGAUCCGCGAGGUGGCGCUCCAGCGGAGGGCCGUGGCGCUGGAGGCGCUGGAGCGCAAAGGCCUGGCGGAGGCCUUGCUGGAACGAGAGAAGGCCAUCUUCAAACGAUAUGAUUCAGAUGGAGACGACCGAAUGACCAUCGCGGACGCCUUGCAGUACGCGAGGAGCGAAUUCGGCUUUGAGGCCUGCCCAUCUGCGCUGGAGAGGCUCUUCCUGAACCUGGCCGACCGCUGGGGCAAGGUGAGCGACCCCAAAUCGGGCGGACCAUGCGCUGUUUCUUUUCGAGUCCGCGGGAAUGCGACCGUUGUCGGAUCGUGAGGUGUGUAUCGGACCACCUCCUUUUCGAUGAUCUCCGGGAAGGUGGGAAGUGAAAUCCCGGCCCCCGAAACCACCGGUCAGGGUGAAGGCGGGACUUGGCGACCCACCAUUUGUGUUGGGACGCGCAGACUUGGCGACUCAUGUGGCUCUCGAAGCAGGA